AUGCCCCCGAAACGGAAAUCCGAAGGCCCAGCACCCAGCGACACCGACGCGCCCACACCCGCCAAGCGCGCGCGGGACGCCGAGGCGGGAGAAGGGACCUCAGCGCAGACACCGCAGACCGGCGAGAAACGCAAACGUGGCCGACCACGCAAAUACCCCGAAGGCUCAACGCCCAAGAAAGACUACGAUGGACCCAAGCGUGGUCGUGGGCGACCGCGUAAGGUCGUUGCAGAGACAACGCAUACAGGGACCACGCCGUCGCCGGGACCGAAGAGGGGGCGUGGACGGCCACGAAAGAGCCUCCCGGCGGAGGCGACCAGUGGCGUUUCUGAUGCUACGUCUGUGACUACGACACCAAAGAGGGGACGUGGGCGGCCACGAAAGAGUCUCCCGGCCGAGGCGGGCAGUGUCGCAGCUCAUGUUGCGCCUUUGACUCCGACACCGACGAAAGGGCCUGGGAGACCGCGCACAAGUCUUUCGGCUAAGGUGGACAGUGCCGCAGCUGAUGUUGCGCCUAUGACUACAACACCUAAGAAAGUUGAGCGGCCUCGCAAGAGUCUCCCGGCUGAGGCAGAGAGUGGCGCUGCUGAUGCUCCUCCUGUGACUACGACGCCAAAGAGGGGACGCGGACGGCCACGAAAGAGUCUGCCGGCUGAUGUGGGCACUGUUGCUGCAGGCACUACGCCUAUGACUACGACGCCUAAGAAAGUUGGGCGUCCCCGCAAGAGUCUCCCGGCUGAGAUGGGCAGUGUCGCUGCUGAUGUGAAAGCCAAGACGGAGCAACCAGUGGCCAGCACCGCCCCCAGAGUGACAGGUCGUUCCUACUGGUUGAUGAAGGCGGAGCCCGAGUCGCGGUUUGAAAAGGGUGUUGAUGUGAAGUUCUCCAUUGAUGACUUGGCGGAUGCAAAGGAACCGGAGCCGUGGGAUGGAGUCCGGAACCCCGUUGCGCGGAAUCUCAUGCGCGAGAUGAAAAAAGGGGACUAUGCGUUCUUCUACCACUCCAAUUGCAAAGUGCCCGGAGUCGUAGGCAUGAUGGAGGUUGUCCGAGAGCAUUCCGUCGACGAAUCUGCAUUCGAUCCGAAACACCCAUACCACGACCCCAAGGCCAAGCGGGACACUCCCAAGUGGGUAGUCGUGCACGUCGAGUUUCGCCGCAAGUUCAAGAAGCAGGUCACAUUGACUGACCUGAAAUUGCACGGUCAGCCGGGAAAGCCGCUGGAGAAUCUCCAGACGCUCAAGCAAUCGCGACUCAGUGUUUCGUCCGUCACGCCCGCGCAAUGGAGGUACAUCCUCAAGCUGGCAGGCGAGAACUUGGAAGGCCAGUAA